GAAAAACUGUUAGAUACAAUUUGAAAUUUUGAUAACCAUGGAUUCGUUUUUUGAGCGACCAAGAGAUAUACCCGAGCCGAUAUCGAUUGAUAAGUUUACGUGCAAGCCAAGCGUGCCCGAAGUAUCGAUGAUUAGCACCAAACACCAUCAACCGUCGGGCACUUACAGGAAUUUCCAAAAACAAGUAAGAUUUCAAAGCCCACCUUUGCAGCAAAACCAGUACAAUUUCGAUUGUAAUCCGCUCGACAAGGCGAAAGAUCGCAAUGGUUUAGACUUCGGAGAAGCUAGUAUGGCUCGAAAAGAGAAAUUAAACUCACUUAAAGCGACGAGUUCGAAACCUUUCGAACAAAUAUACAUGGCGAACAUUCCCGACAGAAAAUUGGAUUUGAGCCUUUUAGAAAUCGAGCACGAAAUUAACAACAAACCUAUGAAAGAUACAGACGGUAUGUCCAAGCACUCGGACACAAUUGAGGACAAUAAUGUCCCUAAUAAAACCCACACGACAGGCGAGAACAAAGAAAACUCAACACCUAAAUCGUACCAAGAAUUUUUACUCAUGCAGAAGCAAAUCGUCUCGAAAAGAAAAGAGGAACACAACGAUUCUGUUACCGAUAUUUUCAACUACAAAAGAAACCAACAGAAUCAAAUUUGUAUACCUAGCAGACAAGAACCUUAUAAGGAUUUACAAACAAGGUAUAAUUUCGAACCAAUAUCGAAACGUAUGCAAGACUCAGAAACGCAAACAAACACCGAUGAAAUCGAACACUCUAAAGCCCUACAGAAUAAAAAAGACUACGAACCUUCCAACGCAGAUUUGCUCAAGAUCAUCGCACAACAAAACGAACAGUUACUUUUACUCCAAAAACAGGUAGCGCUGUUACUAGACAGGGAGAAACACUUUCCGAAAUCGAUCGAAACAGGCGCAGCGGUAGAAGAAAGGAACUUCAACCUGCUAUCGACCCCUCAAAAAAACCUGUUCAGACAGGAAAACACGGUAACCCAGCAAGCCAGCAUUUUCAAAGACAACCAGCGAACGUGGGGCAUGUCCAAAUUUUCAAUAAACGUCACCACCAGCCUGGAGAUGCCGAUACGAGCCCAACAGAAACAAAACUUCGUGAACCACGAGCCCAAGAUACAGGAAAUCACCGAAUCCGAUUUGUCUCCGGUGAAAACCGAUAAUCUAGACCAAUCCAUUCGACUGGGAGAACAGCUAAGGGUGAGAGAACCUUGCCCGAGCCCCCAGCCUAGCAUCAACAUCGAUAUGAACGAUUUCGAUAGCUCCUCCGAUGAGGAAUCCUCCUCGGACAUCGGCGUUACGUUUUACAACAAUCUAAUGGGGCAAGUGAAUAACAUGCUGAAGAAUGCCAACGCGGAAACUGAUCGAAAAACAGUCGACGAAGACAAGAAUAAGAUGCUGAAUAAAGUCAAAGAAGCGACGUUGAAGCAUUUAAAGAACGUAGGGAUAAGCAUGGGGCCCGUCGAAGAAGGCGACGAAUCGGAAGGGGGCUCCGUUCAGCAAUUAUUCAUGAAGUAUUUGCCUAACGAGCGACUGCAGAAAAGGGAGAUGGGUUUCGAAAAGGAAGCGCCUGCUGGGGGUUUUAUAACGCCCAGACCGGAAUUCUCUUUGGCUAGUUUGGAAUACAUGAAGAAAUACAAUCUGAUUCCGUCUAAAGAGAAAGUUCCGGACUUUAUUGUGCCCAGAAGUAGAGGACUUGACGAUAGGAAAAUUCUCGACUUGACAGCUUUAAAAAUGCAACCGAAACUAAUGUAAUUAUGUAUUAGUUAAAGGUGUAAUUAUUGUAUGUUUUAAUUGUAAAUAUAACUAUUUUAUUAAUGUAUUUUUU